AUGAGGACCAUUCUAGAGAACCCGGCUUAUCGUCUCCCCGUGGCCUUUGAAGACAGUCCUGCGCCACCUAUUCCCUCUCCCAACACAGACACGCUUUACUGCCCACCCCCUGACCCAGAGGCACACUUCCCCGCCCCGGACUCAGCUGUAGGGACGCCGCCGUGUUCUCAGCAAGUCUCCACCCCUCCGCCGCACCUUCACUCAACCACCCAGCCAAUCUUCCCGCCUCUCCCAGCCUCUCCUCGCCCACACCCGCCCCGCCGACACCCGCCCCGCGCAGCACAAGAGGUGAGACGGGGACACAGUUACCUGGUCACGCUCAGACGGUCCUGGCAGCAUCCGCCCCGACCCGAGCUGCCCCCCACGCCCUUCCCACACGCAGAAUCUGGAGGAGAGCAACACCACCUGACCUCGGAAGGCUUGUAUAUAUACCUCAAGCCGCUGUCCUCACCCAUCGUUCGCUGCCAUCCUCUCAGCUGA